AUGAGGCUAAGACUCGCUACAUUCGUCGCUACCGCUUCAUUCCUUUCCACAAUGCUGAAAGUCAGCAACAUGUGUGUGAAGAGAUUUAUGGAAAUUUGUGACAACAAGAUCAUCACAUACAAUGGAACAACUCAACUCAAAGUGGUACACAAAACCAGUGGACAAUUGUCCAUUCGAAUGUGA